AUGACUGUACUUGAGACAGAUAUCCAAAACAUCACCGAGAAUGUCCAACCACCAACAAACCCCGCCUCUCGCUCUCACGACCCCUCCAACAACCAGAAGCGCGCGGACCCAUUCCAAUUCGGCUCGCGAUACCUAGAAGAUGGCGAUAAUGUUUUUGAGUUCAAUGCCUGGGACCACGUUCAGCCCGAUGACGAGUUCAAAGCUUUCGCCGAAGUCCAGUAUGAGAAGCAGCGCGCCGCCCCCGUCUCCGAGUUUGACCAGAACCGCUUCAACACCGACCCCGCCAAGUGGUGGAAUCUCUUCUACAAGAACAACACCGACAACUUCUUCAAGGAUCGCAAGUGGUUGCGCCAGGAGUUCCCGGUGCUGGCGGAGGUGACCAAGAAGGAUGCGGGUCCCCAGGUUGUGUUGGAAGUUGGCGCCGGCGCGGGCAACACUGCGUUCCCUUUGGUGCGCAACAACGAGAAUGAGCACUUGAAGGUGCAUGCGUGCGACUUCUCGAAGUCCGCUGUGCAGGUCAUGCGUGAGAGUGACCAAUAUGAUCAGAAGUUCAUGGUUGCGGAUGUUUGGGAUGCGGCUGCUGUGCCCGAUGAGAACGGUGACUCUUUGCCGCCUGGUCUGACCGAGGGCUCUGUCGACGUCAUUAUCCUCAUCUUUAUCUUCUCCGCACUCAACCCGAACCAGUGGAACAAUGCGCUGCGCAACAUUUACCGUCUCUUGAAGCCCGGUGGUCAGGUGCUGUUCCGCGACUAUGGACGUGGAGAUCUGGCGCAGGUGCGUUUCAAGAAGGGACGCUACAUGCAGGAGAACUUCUAUGUCCGUGGAGAUGGUACCCGAGUUUACUUCUUUGAUCACGAUGAGUUGCUUCAAAUCUGGGGCCGGUGGACACCGGAGACAGGCCUGCAGGUUGAUUUGGAGAACCCUGUUUCGCAGUCUCAGCUCGCGGAGGGUAACACUACAUUCGAGGUCAAGCACUUGGAUGCUGAUCGCCGUCUGAUUGUGAACCGCUCUACCAAGCAGAAGAUGUACCGCUGCUGGAUGCAGGGUCAUUUCGUCAAGCGUGGCGGUGCUGUUGUCAGUUCAGAGAAUGCAGAGUGA